GCCAUCAAGGAACCUAGAGGCAAGCUGAGAGAGGAGCAUGUCCACAGCUAAUUGUGUGGCCUGGAUGUUUCUAUUGGGGUCUAGGGGCCCUGGUGCCGUGGGUAACAUUCUGCCUUGUUUCUUUCCAGAUUGCGCAUUUAGAACGUGGAUGUGCAGGAUAACAUGUCCAGUGUGUCCGAGGAGAGAAGAAAAAGGCAGCAGAACAUUAAGGAAGGACUGCAGUUCAUAGAGUCACCGCUGUCUUACCCGGGAACACAGGAACAAUAUGCGGUAUAUCUACGUGCCCUUGUGAGAAAUCUUUUUAAUGAAGGAAAUGAUGUCUUCCGGGAAUGUGAUUGGAAAGGCUCGAUAAGCCAGUACACAGAAGCUUUAAAUAUAGCUGAUUAUGCAAAGUCUGAAGAAAUUAUAAUCCCUCAGGAAAUCAUUGAAAAAUUGCAUGUCAAUCGUAUUGCCUGCUAUUCUAAUAUGGGUUUCCAUGAUAAAGUGUUAGAAGACUGUGAUACAGUCCUCGGCUUAAAUGCCAGUAACUGUAAAGCUCUGUAUCGGAAAUCUAAGGCCCUAAGUGAUUUAGGAAAAUAUAAAGAGGCUUAUGACGCUGUGGCCAAAUGCUCGCUAGCCGUGCCUCAGGAUGAACACGUAAUAAAACUAACUCAAGAACUAGCUCAGAAAUUGGGAUUUAAAAUAAGGAAAGCAUAUGUUAGAGCAGAGCUCUCAUUAAAAUCACUUCCUAGAGAUGGCGCUGCCAAGGCUUCGAGCUGUUCAGUGGAAGAUAUCGAGCCAGACUUACUAGCUCCAAAGCAAGAAACUGUUCCAGUGGUUUCUCUGCCAGCAUCCAGUUUUCCCCAUGAAGUUGGAAGCGAAUUGGCCUCCAUUUCCGUUGUGCCCCUGACUUCCCUUCUGCCCCUGCAAGUAGAAGAGAGUGCCCUGCCAUCCGCAGCGUUGGCAAACGGGGGGAAGAUUCCCUUCACCAUGCCUGACGCCUUCUUCGAUGAUGGAGAUAUGGUCCUUGGAGAGGAAAUAGACGACCUCCUAGAUUCUGCACCAGAAACGAAUGAAAGUGUCAUGCCAUCAGCGCUAGUGAGAGGACCCCUUCCGACGCCUGCCGCUGUCUCUCCUAGCAUGUUCCCAGCCUCUUUGCUAGGAGCCUUGCAUGUUGGUGCAAGGUAUACACCUCCACCUUCCUUUUCAGAACUGUAUCCACCCCUGACUUCGUCUUUAGGAGAUUUUUGUUCCUCUUUGAACUCAUUUUCAAUGAGUGAAUCCACUCGAGAUCUGCCCACCUCAACUUCUAGAGAGGGAACACCGCUUAACAACACAAAUUCUUCCCCUUUACUUAUGAAUGGACCAGGUAGUUUGUUUGCUCCUGAGAGUUUACUGGGCAUUUCAACUCCAUCUAAAAAUGACUUUGGAAACUUUUUUGGAUGUGCAGUCAGUAAGCCAUCUCCGUCGGUGCUGCCAAGACAUCCCCUUGAAGGAACCCAUGAAUUGAGACAAGCUUGCCAGAUCUGCUUUACAAAAACAGGCCCUAAGUUAAUGGAUUUCACUUACAAUGAUAAUAUAGAUCAUAAAUGUAAGAAAGAUAUUUUAAUUGGUAGGAUAAAGAAUGUUGAAGAUAAAUCAUGGAAAAAGAUACGACCAAGACCAACAAAAACUAAUUAUGAGGGACCAUAUUAUAUAUGUAAAGAUGUGGCUGCUGAGGAAGAGUGCAGAUAUUCAGGCCACUGCACAUUUGCUUAUUGCCAAGAAGAGAUUGAUGUCUGGACACUGGAGCGGAAAGGAGCCUUCAGUCGAGAAGCUUUCUUUGGUGGCAAUGGGAAGAUAAACCUGACAGUGUGCAAACUUCUCCAAGAGCACCUGGGAGAAUUUAUAUUCCUUUGUGAGAAAUGUUUUGAUCAUAAGCCUAGAAUGAUAAGUAAAAGAAAUAAAGAUAAUUCUACUUCUUGUUCCCACCCGGUUACAAAGCAUGAAUUUGAAGACAAUAAGUGCCUUGUCCACAUUUUGCGAGAGACAACGGUAAAAUAUUGCAAAAUCCGUUCUUUCCACGGCCAGUGUCAGCUUGACUUAUGUCGGCAUGAAGUUCGAUACGGCUGCCUGAGGGAGGACGAGUGCUUCUAUGCGCACAGUCUUGUGGAGUUGAAGGUCUGGACAAUGCAGAAUGAAACAGGUAUCUCACAUGAUGCUAUUGCCCAAGAAUCUAAACGAUACUGGCAACAUUUAGAAGCAAGCAUGCCAGGGGCUCAGGUACUUGGCAAUCAAAUAAUGCCUGGAUCUCUUAAUAUGAAGAUAAAAUUUGUAUGUGCCCAGUGUUUGCGAAAUGGUCAAGUCAUCGAGCCAGAUAAAAACAGAAAAUACUGCAGUGCUAAAGCAAGGCAUUCGUGGACCAAAGACCGUCGUGCGAUGAGAGUGAUGUCUAUUGAACGUAAGAAGUGGAUGAACAUCCGUCCUCUCCCCACAAAGAAACAAAUGCCUUUACAGUUUGAUUUGUGCAAUCAUGUUGCUUCUGGGAAAAAAUGUCAGUAUGUUGGAAACUGUUCAUUUGCUCACAGUCCCGAGGAACGAGAAGUGUGGACGUAUAUGAAAGAGAAUGGAAUACAAGAUAUGGAACAAUUUUAUGAACUCUGGCUAAAGAGUCAAAAAAAUGAAAAAAGUGAUGAUCUAGCCAGCCAGUCAAACAAGGAGAAUGGAAAACAGAUCCACAUGCCAACAGAUUAUGCUGAAGUGACUGUGGACUUUCACUGCUGGAUGUGCAGGAAGAACUGUAACAGCGAGAAGCAGUGGCAAGGCCACAUCUCUUCAGAAAAGCAUAAGGAGAAGGUAUUCCACACUGAAGACGACCAGUACUGUUGGCAGCACCGCUUUCCCACGGGAUAUUUUAGUAUUUGUGAUAGGUAUAUGAAUGGGACGUGCACUGAAGGCAGCAGCUGUAAAUUCGCGCACGGCAACGCUGAACUUCAGGAGUGGGAGGAGAGGCGAGAUGCCCUAAAGAUGAAGCUCAGCAAAGCAAGAAAAGAUCACUUAAUUGCUCCAAAUGAUAAUGACUUUGGAAAAUAUAGUUUUUUGUUUAAAGAUUUAAACUAAUAUGCUGGCUUUUAUGUAUGUUACCUAAUCAGAGCAUUGACCAGAAACAUUGAAAAUGUUCCAAGGCAGGGAGCAGAGGGGCCGCCGGCUCUCUGCUUGUAUUGGCGUACAUCGUUCCUCCUGAGCAGCAACCCACAGUAGGUAGGAAAAAGGGCUGUUUAACAGUAUCUGGCCACGCCCUCGCGGAACCAUUGGCCUCAAGGGCCGAAGUGACCAUCUUCUGGUUGCCAUCUGUUGAACAGACUUUUGGAUGAAGUGUUUUGAGGAAGAGGCUAAGGUUGUGUCAAGGACAACUCCUUGAGUUGGUCCCUCAGACAAGACCCAUGGUAAGCGAGUAAACAUUUGUACUGGGAUCAGAAUACGUAAGGGAUGAAAUUCUUUCCAUGUUUUAGCAGCACAAAUUUGUUUCAUAAAGUUUGCUACUUAUCUGUAUGUAGGUUGCUAAAAAGGAUUUUCUUAACUCAGAUCUUAAGCCAAAUAACCAUUUAACACUAGUAUACGUUAAAUGGGGUAUUUUUCUGUUUUUAUAUGUUUCACUAUAAUAAAGGAACUGAAGAUAUUGUGCAUUGAAAAUAUUUUGAGGAAAAAAUCAGUUGACUCAAAAAUUUUUUUCUUGGUCUUUUGCUGUUUAAAUGAUGAUUUUGAAAGAUUAAAGUUGUAACGUUGGUAUCGUGUAGUGUAUGGACCAAUACUGCCUGUAAUAAAGAUUUUAUAUAUAAAUGUUUC